AUGGAAUUAUGGACUAAACGGGGCAUCAAAUGGACUGCAAAUACAAUCACUCUUUUGGUGAUCUUCAUUUGUUUGGAAGUAUUUAUUAAAUGUUAUGCAAAGACUACUUAUUAUAAGAGCACUAAAUUGAAGAGUAAUUGUAGAGCGAAGUCGUCUUUUCUUUGGUCAAUCAAGAGAAGUGCAUCACUUGAAUCACUUGAAGAGAGUCCAGUUUCGUACUUCUUCGGCACCAUUCAUGUUCCUUAUACUCGUGUUUGGGAUUCAAUCCCAAAUCGGGCCAAAAUAGCUUUCCAGACGAGUCAUAAUAUAUUCUUCGAGUUGGAUCUAUUGAAUCCAUUGACGGCCUCGACUUUAUCCAAAUGCCAAAUGCUGCCAAAAGGUGUUAAACUUAUAGAUGUACUUCCAAGUGAUCUUUAUUUAAGACUAAGAAGACAUUUAGAUUAUGUCAGACAGAAGUUGCCCUCUUGGAUGACACCGGACCAGAGGGCGCGCGGAUAUUAUGCACAAUAUCUUUAUAACGCUAUAACUCACAACUGGCAACUCAAAAGACCUGUUUGGGUGAUGUUAAUGAUUAACUCAUUGACUGAAAGUGAUAUCAAAUCAAAAGAUAUUCCUGUACUUGACAUGUAUUUAGCACAAGAAGCACAACGACUUAAUAAACAGAUUGGAUCUGUUGAAAGGGUUGAGGAGCAAUGUAUACCAUUAAAUGGACUCAACUUCUCUCAAGUAGUGUUUGCAUUGAACCAAACCCUAUACCAACACGAAAGCAUAAGACUCGGCAUUUUAAGCUCAACCUUAACCACUGAUGACCUCAUCAAACAUUAUAAUUGUGGUUAUCUUAAUGAACUCAUCUUCAACUACGACACUUCUCAAGUUCCUAAAAUAAUAAGAAAUAAGAGAACUCAAGAUAUAGAGUUAGCCAAACAAAUAGAUAAUUAUUUUAAAAGUGAAAUAAUUAUUAAAAGAAAUAAAAGAAUGAGUGAAAGAGUGGUUACAAUAUUGCAAACAAAUCCAAAUCAAAGUUUUUUCUUUGCUUUUGGUACAGCUCAUUUUUUAGGCAACUAUUCAAUCUUCAAUUAUAUGAAAAAUAGUGGUUUUGAGAUCAAUCAGGUAAUUGACUCGCGACCCAAACCCAGGUAAUUGCUAUUAA